GCAUCUUUGGACGUGAAGAGUGACAGCCCGGAACAAGGCCAAGAAGCUGUGGCAUCUUUGGACGUGAAGAGUGACAGCCCGGAACAAGGCCAAGAAGCUGUGGCAUCUUUGGACGUGAAGAGUGAGCCCGGAACAAGAUGUUGUGGCAUCUUUUGAUGGCUUGGCUGAGUGCAUCACAGCGUUGAAACCCUUCGCCAAUGAAACAGUCCUGGUGCUGGAGAAGUGUCAGAAACGCUUAGGGCGCGAGAUGACUAGUUUCACAGAGCUGCGUGCAAAGUUGCAGGAUGUUUGUCAAAGCUGUGAUCAGAAGGACAGGCUCAUCCUAGCAGGCAGCGGCAAUGUGGGCAAGAGCACCAUUGCAAAUGCCUUCUUGGGUGGUGGAAAGUUCUGGCCCACCGCCAGAUUUUGCAUGACCUCCCGCAUUUGCGAAGCACAUUACGAUGCUGCUUCGGAUGGCACAUCUAUCGACAAAGAAAUGGUCCAGGAGAAUACCUCAUCAGAACCUUUGCAAGUCUGGCAUCCAAGCCCUUUGCUGAAACCUGAUGUGAUUCUGGUUGACUUGCCUGGUUUGGAUCAGAAGGAGGAGUACAUGGAGAGACUUGUGAAGUACAUGAACUCCCAUUCCGCAUCUUCUGUGGUGCUCUUGUAUGUGAUUGAUGUGAAGAACAAGAUUUGCAACCCCGAUCGUCAAUUCCUUGAGAAACUGAUGAAGUCUCCUUGGCAAAACCUAUCACAAGGCUUGGGGUUUUUGGUCAACAAGUGUGAUGUGGGAGGGGAUACAAAUGUAGCGAACUCAGAUGAAGAGGUUCCGGACUAUCCCAAGUUGAUUGCAGACAUCACAAAAGAGACCCAGAACUAUUGCACCCCCACAGUGAUGGAUUUGUCCAUGAAAAACAAGAAGGAGAACAAUCCAGCAGCGAUCCAGAAAUGGCAAAAGGUGGAAGCCUAUGCGCACAAUGCCCUCACAAAACUCAAAGGCAAACGCUUGAUCCAAAUCUUGUUGUCACUUGAGAGGAUCAUGGAUAUGCUCCGGUUGGCUGUGCAGGAUGACGAACACUUGCGAGGUGAGAUAGAGAAGAGAGAGAAGCAUUUGUUGCUUGCUGAAGACAAGGUGAAGCAAGUGACAGACGACAAGGACGAAUGGGUCAGAAGGCGGGCUGAAGAGAUCAAGCAGACUCUCAAGGAGAGGCAGGAGGGGCACUUGGACGCCAUACUCCAGGCUAGUGUGCCACACUACAACUGUCGGGUUGCUGAAGCCUUCGGCCUUAGGGAAGUUGACACGGUUAUUCAUGACCGCAUCCAGGUCAUGGUCGCCAAUGACAUCCAGCUUUCUGCUGGGACGUCAUUACCGAUUGCCGAUGCAGUGGCUGGGAUUAGUGCAGUCACUGGUCUUAUUUAUGCAGUCGGAUUCGUUGUGGCUGCUGCAGCUACUGACGGCGUUGUGGGGUUGUUGGCUGCAACGAUAAUGUUUCCCGUGACCGUGAUGGCCGGAGGUGUCGCGGGAAUGGUUGUCGUUCUGCCCUUUGCCAUCAUCGGUGCCGUGAUUCCCAUGACGCUUGUGGAUAAGAGCUACGUGAGGGACCGCUUCACUAAGAUAUACAAAAAAGUGAUGAAGGAAUAUCCCGACAAGUGUGCCAAGCACGAGCAUGAUUCCAUCGUGGGUCAGACCAAGACGGUUCUGCAAGCACAGCGAGAAUCUUUGCAGCACUUGCAAAAAGAGGCAGGCACGCGAGGCUUCCUUGAUGAUGAGUUCAAGGCUGAGUGCUCUGAGCUGCAAGAGAAGUAUGGUUCCCUGACAAAGCGAUGCAAUACGAUGCUCGAUCUUUUUUUGAAGUGAGCCAAAAGUGUUCGAAUGCAAGUCAAGGGAGGCGACAUUUAGACCUCCCUAGGGCCUGCUGUGAAAGUUUCGCGUGUGCCUUAUGUUCCAAGAUAGAGUGAUUACGGUCAUCAGACCAUCUUCCACUCGGCAUUGCUCAGAAGCGCCAGAGCUCAUGACACAGAUGACUCGUGAGCUGACACCUAGAAUCUGGCUAGACCGUUCCAAGACAGUUGCUACGAAAAGUUUGCAUCCUUUCCUGCCACGGAUCGAGGGUGUUCAUCUAGUUCUGUCUACAUUUGUUGUACAU